AUGUCGCUGUCAGAUGUCUCUGACUUGACAGAUUUAUCUUCUGACGAAGACGACUUCCCGCUAUCCAAAACAAGUCGGACAACGGCGUCAAAGAAAGGCACCAAAGAAUACAAGAUUUCAGGCGUCCUACGCGCACCACGGACCACAUCGUAUACAGCCAAGUCACUCUACGACCAAAUCAUCGACAAUGCGAUUGACCUUGACCCAGAAUACCAACGUGAUGUUGUAUGGCCAGAGCUAAAGCAAUCCGGUCUUAUCGACUCCAUGCUGCGAAACUACUACAUGCCACCAAUAAUAUUUGCGGUGUCAACAGCCGAUGAUGGCAGUGAAUUGCGAACUUGCAUCGAUGGGAAGCAAAGGCUGACUUCAAUACAAAGGUAUAUACAGUUCACAAAUGAAAAACUUUGGUACAAACCAAGCGCCAGGAAUGCUAGGCGAAAGCUCCUUCCUAAACAACUUAUCCAUCAAUUUUCGAACAAGCAGAUUGUAUGCGUGGAGUACAGCGACAUCAAUCCAGAUCAGGAACGUGAGAUCUUCCAGAGAGUGCAACUAGGGGUUGCGCUUACUCCUGCAGAACGCAUGCAAGCAAUUGUUGGCCCUUGGCCUACGAUCAUUCGGGAGAUUCAAAGCCAAGUCCUUGGCGAAGAUGGAUUUCAGGGUUACCUUGACUGGGGUCACGCACGAGGACGUGACUUUCAGUGUGUGGCAUCUAUAGGCUACCUCAUUGAGAACCAUCCCAAGCCCACUGUUCCGUCCGCCCCGACACUUGAAAAGUGGCUCUUGAAGAGCGACCCUGUCUCUCCGAAGCUUCGCGAUGACUUGCUAGAUACGUUCCGUGUCUUUCUCGUCCUUGCUCGGGACCAGAAAUACAGUCGCUCGCUUAACAAGCCCACUCGUGUUUCUCCUAUAGAGUUUGUGAUGAUCGGUGUCCUAAUUUACCUCUUCCGUGGUCGGCUGUCACUUACACAACUCUCCUCUGCCAUUGAAAAGAUGCGAAAAGAUGUACGCGAUGACCACAAAGAUAUUCGGGCAAACAGCAGGAUCACCAAGCAUAUGUUGUCAUUCAUGACCAAAAGGCUCAAAAUAUCCGAGCUAAAAACUGAUGGGGAAGGUGACAAACCGGCUGUUGGAAAACCUACAAAAACCAAGAAACGGAAAAGGGUCGCAGAAUAUGAUGAUGACAGUGAGGAGGAAGAGAAGCCUCGCAAAGUAACUGCGUCGAAGGCGCCACCCGCUGCAUCUUCGAGUGAGCCGUUUUGUUAA